CGUGCUCCCCCUGUCCUUCUGGCGGAACGUGCAACCUACUGGGGACAGCCGAGCUAUGGCAGCCCUUCUGAGACCCGCACGCUGGCUUCUCCGUGCCGGUGUGGCACCGCGCCUCCCGCUGUCCAUGCGCCUACUCGCUGGCGGCCCGGGCCGGCCGCAUGCCGCCGUCUGUCAGCCCGCAGCUCGCGCCGCGCCUGCGGCCGGAGGGCCACUGAGCCAGGCCAGGCUGUAUGCCAUUGCUGCUGAGAAAAAGAAUUAUCUUGCAGAGGAGUCCACUUCUUCCCCAAGAAGGAAUGCCAGUCAGUUUGAUUGGGCUCUGAUGAGGCUGGAUAAUUCCGUCCGCAGAACUGGCCGCAUCCCAAGGACUCUCCUACAGAAAGUCUUUGACAACGCCUGUCACUCAGGUUGCCCAGGCGGUAACCAUGCCUUGCUUCUGCUGCGUAGCUGCGGCUCUCUCUUACCCGAACUGAAGUUCUCCGAGAGGACAGAGUUGGUUCAUAGGAUAUGGGACAAACUUCAGAAACUGGGUACUGUGUAUGAUGUAAGUCACUAUAAUGCUUUACUUAAAGUCUACCUUCAAAACGAACAUAAAUUUUCACCAACCGACUUCUUGGCAAAAAUGGAAGAAGCAAACAUUCAACCAAAUCGAGUAACAUACCAAAGAUUGAUUGCUGCUUACUGUAAUAUGGGAGAUAUUGAAGGUGCCAGCAAGAUUCUUGGAUUUAUGAAAACCAAGGACCUUCCGGUCACAGAGGCUGUUUUCAGUGCCCUUGUCACAGGGCAUGCGAGAGCUGGAGAUAUGGAGAAUGCAGAGAAUAUUCUCACAGUGAUGAAAGAGGCUGGGAUUGAGCCUGGUCCAGACACAUAUCUAGCCUUAUUGAAUGCAUAUGCUGAGAAGGGUGACAUUGACCAUGUUAAACAGACCCUGGAGAAGGUGGAGAAGUCUGAUCUUUACCUUAUGGAUCGUGAUUUAUUGCAAAUUAUAUUCAGCUUCAGUAAAGCUGGAUAUCCUCAAUAUGUCUCAGAAAUUUUGGACAAAAUUACAUAUGAAAGAAGAUAUAUUCCAGAUGCAAUGAACCUUAUUUUGCUUUUAGUCACUGAAAAAUUGGAAGAUACAGCAUUUCAAGUUUUAUUAGCAUGUCCUGUAUCAAAGGAAGAUGGUCUGAGCGACUUUGGCAGUUUCUUUUUACGGCACUGUGUGACUAUGAAUACGCCUACAGAGAAGCUGAAAGACUACUGCAAGAAGUUGAAGGAAGCCCAGUUGCACACAUCUCCUCUGCAGUUCACACUCCAUUGUGCUUUAGCCGGCAGUAAAACCGAUUUGGCAAAAGCUCUGAUGAAGGCUCUGAAGGAAGAAGGUUUUCCUAUCAGAACUCAUUAUUUCUGGCCCUUGCUAGCUGGACAUCAGAAGCAGAAAAAUGUUCAAGGUAUAGUGGAAGUCCUCAAAGGAAUGCAUGAAAUGGGAGUAAACCCUAACCAGGAGACAUACAUAAAUUAUGUGUUUCCAUCCUUUGAUAGUGUAAAGUCAGCUCGUGCUGUUUUGCAGGAAAAUGGAUGUCUACUUGAAAGCAAUGUGUUUUCUCAAGCUGAAUUGAAAAGUGAAGCAGUAAAUGGAAACUUGGACCAUGUUUUAUCAUUUUUGGAAUCAAAUACAUUGCCUUUCUCGUUGACUUCUUUGCGAGGCAGCCUAAUUCUAGGCUUUAGGAGGUCUAUGAAUAUAAAUCUUUGGAGCAAGAUAACGGAACUGUUGUACAAGGACGGACGUUAUUGCCAGGAGCCUCCGGGACCGGCGGAAGCUGUUGGCUAUUUUCUUUAUAACUUGAUUGACAGCAUGAGUGACUCAGAGGUACAGGCCAAGGAGGAGCGUUUGAGACAAUACUUCCAUCAGCUGAAGGAGAUGAAUGUAAAAAUUCCUGAAAAUAUCUACAGAGGCAUUCGUAAUCUACUGGAUAGCUACCAUGUUCCUGAAUUAAUUAAGGAUGUUAAUGUGUUGGUUGAAAGAGAGAAGACAGACUCUCGAAAACUUUCGUCAUCUGAUUUGGAGCUUACACUUGAAAAACUAAAAGCUGAAAAUCAACCUAUAGGAGAUGUCCUAAAGCAACUCAUAUUAAUGCUUUGUUCAGAAGAGAACAUGCAGAAAGCUCUUGAAUUGAAAGCAAAAUAUGAAUCAGACAUGGUUGUCGGUGGCUAUGCAGCUCUGAUAAAUCUGUGCUGUCGACACGAUAAUGCAGAUGAUGCACUGAACCUGAAACAGGAAUUUGACCGUUUAGAUUCAUCUGCUGUCCUUGACACCAGCAAGUAUAUAGGCCUUGUAAGAGUGUUGGGAAAACAUGGCAAACUCCAAGAUGCUAUUAACAUUCUAAAGGAAAUGAAAGAGAAGGAUGUUCUUAUCAAAGACGCAACAGUCUUGUCCUUUUUUCACAUCCUGAAUGGAGCAGCUUUGAGAGGUGAAACUGAAACAGUAAAACAGUUACACGAAGCCAUCAUGACUCUAGGGUUAACGAAACCAUCCACCAUCAUAAGUUCCCCAUUGGUUACUCUGUAUCUGGAAAAGGAUGACUUACCUGCUGCUCUUGAAGCCACCAUUGGAUGCUAUGAAAAGUAUAAAGUAUUACCGAGGAUUCAUGAUGUCUUAUGUAAAUUGAUAGAGAAAGGCGAGACUGAUCUAAUUCAGAAAGCAAUGGACUUCGUGAGCCAAGAGCAAGGUGAAAUGACAAUGCUCUAUGAUCUCUUCUUUGCCUUCCUACAGACAGGAAAUUACAAAGAGGCCAAAAAGAUCAUUGAGACUCCAGGUAUUAGAGCUCGGCCUGCAAGGCUCCAGUGGUUUUGUGAAAGAUGUAUUUCAAGCAAUCAGGUCGAAACUCUAGAAAAAUUAGUGGAGCUGACACAGAAGCUAUUUGAAUGUGACAGAGACCAGCUGUACUACAAUCUGCUAAAACUGUACAAAAUAAAUGGUGACUGGCAAAGAGCUGAUGCUGUCUGGAAUAAAAUGCAAGAAGAAAAUAUCAUUCCUCGUGGGGAGACGUUAAGGUUAUUAGCAGAAAUCCUUAGAAACAAUAAUCAGGAGGUUCCCUUCGAUGUACCCGAGUUGUGGUAUGAGGAUGAAGAACACGCCCUGAAUUCCUCAGCACCCUCCGUUGGAGAAACUAAUUUCCAGAAAGAUCUGUUGAAUGCCUUCCGACAGAGGAGAAGCAAAGAUGCAUAUAAUAUUUUCCUGAAAGCACAAAAGCAAGAUGUUGUGUUCGACAGUGAAACUUACAACAAACUCAUACAAUUACUGUUGACGAAGGACAGCUUCACAGAGGCAAUGAAAGUGAAAGAUUGCGCUGAGACCCACAUCAAGGGCUUCACACUGAACGAUGCUGCCAACAGCCUCCUCAUCAUAACGCAAGUUAGGCGGGAUUAUUUGAAAGAGGCGCUCACGACACUGAAAACAGCCUUCGAUCUGAGGCAGACCCCUUCGAGGAUGGCGGUCACCCGCCUGAUUCAGGGCUGUGCUUUGAAGGGGGAUUUAGAAGGCAUACACGCAAUUCAGAAGAUGGUAAAUGGACUUGAAGAUUCGAUUGGGCUUUCAAAUAUGGUUUUCAUCAAUAACAUUGCUUUGGCACAAAUAAAGAACAAUAACAUAGAUGUUGCAAUAGAAAACAUUGAAAAUAUGCUUACUUCGGGGAGUCAAGCUGUGGAAGCCCAGUACUUUGGCUUGGCGUACUUAUUCAGAAAAGUGAUAGAGGAGCAGUUGGAACCAGCUCUUGAGAAGUUAAGCAUCAUGGCAGAGAGGUUGGCCAAUCAGUUUGCAGUAUACAAACCAGUCACCGACCUUUUCCUUCAGCUUGUGGAUUCAGGCAAGGGGGAUGAUGCCAGAGCUCUCCUACAGAGAUGCGGAGCAAUUGCUGAACAAACCCCAAUUUUCUUGGUGUUCUGUGUGAGGAAUUCUCGGAAACCGGGAAAGGCACGAACGUUGAAAUCUUUGUUAGAAUUGAUUCCUGAAUUAACUGAAAAGGAAGAAGCAUACACUUCCGUCAUGAAAAGCUACGUGUUGGACAGUGAUGUCUCGUCUGCUAAAGCACUGUAUGAAAGUUUGACCGCAAAGAAUAUAAAAUUGGAUAAUCUGUUUCUAAAACGUUACGCAGUUCUGCUGAAGAAGGCUGGAGAGUCUGUCCCUUUUGCUGAACCCCCUGAAAGCUUUGAAUUUUAUGCAAAGCAGCUAAAGGAAUUACGGGCAAACCCUUUGUGAAACAAGCAAGCACUACUUUGUUUUGUGUGUACUUGUGACUCUGUGUCUAAAAUGUUAUUUUUUAAAUGUAUUUGAAAGGACAAAAAUAAAUAAAUGAAAAGUCA